CUAUAAAUAGGAGGGAUGAAGCCAGCAGAGAUCAGAUUCUCUCUACAGAGACCACUACAGCACAGAGAUCCAGCCAUGGCACCUACAAUCACUGCAGCAAUGACCAAUUCUCAGGAGCAUCUGACUCUGACCCACAAGCUCAGAAAACCUCUGGUGGAAAAGUUACGCAGAGAGCGAAUCAACAGCAGCAUUGAGCAACUCAAGUCUCUCCUGGAUCCAGAGUUCCUCAAACAGCAGCCAGACUCCAAGCUGGAGAAAGCAGACAUCCUGGAGAUGACAGUUUGUGUCCUGAGACGACUGCAGCAGCAGCAUCAAGCUGUGGACUCAGCAGCUGUUGAUCAGGGCUACUCCAGGUGUGUCCAAGAGGUGACACACUUCCUGUCCAAGGAACAGGUGAAGACACAGUCCCAGAGAAGACUGCUGAGCCACUUCAACAAGCUGCAGUCUUCCUCUGAUAAGAACCUGAGAGACGCUGACUUCUCUCUGCUGAGCUCCACAGUCCAGACCAGCAUCACCAAGGACAAGAGUCCAGUCAACAGCGCCCUCUGGAGGCCGUGGUAGACAUCCAAGGACAAAAGUGAAUCUCAGGAGUGAAGCUCUGAUGUUGAAAGAUAAAUUGUACUUGUACUCUUGGACUUUUAACCCAAUUCUCAUCAUUGUGGUAGUCUUAUUUUGAAGAUGUAUUGCUGUUACUGGAACUUUUUACUUUUAUUGCCUUUUGUAAAGGUCAGAGGUCUGUGUUUCUGUGAUAUUUGCAGGUAACAGGUUGGCUACUAUGUUGUAUUUCAAAAAUGGUCACUUAUUUCUGAUUUAGGUGUUACUCUGUGAAGUUAUCAUUAUCGUUCCCAAUGGGAAUGCCUAUAUAUUGUCAGUGACAUUGACAAUGAUAUCCAUUUAGGAGACACAGCUAAUCAUGUUGAACAUGUUUCAGAUUUAUAUGUGAUAUUCACAUAUGCUGUUUGUAUCUGUUUCUGAUGUAUCUUUUGUUAUCUCACUUGUCUGCAUUUUAGCAGGUUUAUUUUUUGUAUGAAAAAAAGAAUCAAGACGAAUGUGCUGCUUUAUAACUCUGUGAGUGACAGCACUCAUACCUUCAAUGAAGGGAAGAUGUGUCACAAUGAAUGUAUCUCUUCAAGCCAAGUGAUGCGCAAUAAAACAAUCACAAAAACAACAGAAAA